GUCGUGCUCACGGCCCAGGCCCUCGUCCAGCUCGUCGCGACCGCCGCGACGUUCGUCGAGCAGGCGUCCGUCGGCUUCCUCCUCCUGGCGCAGGUCAUGUCCGCCUUCAGCGGCUACAACGUGCUCAUCUCGACGAUGUCGCGCGUCGAGGUGUCGCUCACGUACCUUGACUUCAUGCGCUGGGGCACGCAGGCGCAGUACCUCGCGGCGUUCCGCGACAACCUGUGUGGAAUUCAAAUCUUCAACCCGACUUCAAUGCGACAACUCGGACUACGAGGAGGACGACCUCCAGUGCGACCUCGCGUCCUGCAACGCCUCAACGCGUCGCGCUUCGCCUACCCCUUCCUCGCCUUCGCGAGGGACGCGGACAAGUUCUACGCGCCGCACGCGAGCGCCCGCGCCGCGCGCGCGCGCGCCCCAGCGCGCGACGCGCCGCGGCGCGCGCAGGCCGCGAUCGUCGCGGCGUCGGGCGACCUGCUCGUCGUCGACGACGGCGACUCGCGCCCGGGCUGCACGACCGCCGUCGCGGCCCGGGGGGACGCCGGGUGGUUCCGAGGUCGCGUCGCGGCGGGCUGCUUCUCGCGCGUCGUCCGCUACGCGCUCGACGCCGGCGCGGGCACCGCCGCCGUGGCGUGGCAGUUCGAGUGGGGCGUGGACCUCGCCAGCGGGCGGCCGGGGCCGGAACCGCGCCUUAUACCCGGCGCCGACGCGCGCGCGCCGCGGCGGCGCGGCGCGCUGGGACGCGGCGACGCCCCGCGCCUCGAGGCGGAGCGCGGGCCGGGCUCGCCCGGCCCGUCGCCCGUCUUCGAGUUCGCGCCGGACGGCCGCGGCGAGCGGGGCGGGAACGGGGCGAUUCGAGCGGGGCGAUUCGAGUUCGCGUCGACUCGAGCGUUUCGCGACCCAAAGGAGGGCACACCGAGUUCGAGGUCGCGUGGAGAGAUGACCGCUCGUCCAAAAAAAGAGCCAAAGCGAGCGAAAGCGACCGAGAUGGGGCCUUGCAAGUCGGGAAUUUCCCACUCUUCUCGCCCCCAGGCGGCAAGUGUGGUAUGGGGCACUAGGCCGAUCUUUAGGGCAAAUGGCAGUGUUCCUGACCUAGACGGAAAAUGGAAGAGAGAGAUGGGGCUCGGGCGACACGGUGCUCACCACGCAAUGCAUGAGGCGAGUUGUCACCAGCAAAUUCGAAGGCGGUCGCUCGCAGGGCACGCCAGAGGCGGAUGCAAGUUUGCUGCGGACAACUCGGACCUACAGACCGAGCGCCGCGCCAACUCCCGGAAAGGGUGCAUGGGCUAG